AUGCAGGAAGAGCUAUGUGACCUCAAGGUUUACAUCAAUGGCGGGCACGAGUAUUUCCUCGACCAGGUAAAUGGCUCAUUCCUCUCUGUUUCGUCUAGUCCUUCAGUCUUGGUGAUCCGGCGCGACUCGCCUGAAUCGAUCGAAUCUUGAAUUCAAGAAGGGGCAGUGGCGGAUCUCCUGAUGUGUGGAUAUAUUUUUUCUGUUGUGGCUGCUGUUGCAGAGGAUCCUCUGCACGUUCUCAGGGAGCCUGAGUAGGAUGGCUAAAAAGGAGAAGAGGAGGAGGCAGAUCGAGUUCGUGGAACUGGAGAUCGCCGACUUUCCUGGUGGGGCCGACGGAUUCGAGCUCGCCGCAAGAUUCUGCUACGGAAAUGGUAGAAUUCAUAUGAGCCCAUCGAACAUCAGCCUCCUCCACUGCGCCGCCUUGGCCCUCGAGAUGACGGAGGAAGUGGUCGCCUGCAACCUCCUAGCUCAGACGGAGACCUUCCUCGAGGGGCUCUUCUACUGGACCUGGAGAGAAGUCCUCGACUCUCUGAAAAGCUGCGAGCUCUUCAUAGACGCCGCCGACGAUUCGGGCCUCCUCCAGAAGCUCUUCUCUGCCCUUCUCGGCAAGAUCUCGGCGAAUUCGGAAAUCCCGCUGGUGGCGGGCACCCCCUUCGCAUCCUCCUCCUCCUCCUCAUCUCCCGACACCUACGGGCUAAGAUUCUCCUCCUCCGCCAAGACCCCCGACAGCAUCAAGCCCUGCUCCGGCAGGGAAUGGUGGUUCGACGAUCUCACCAUUCUCCACCCCAAGGUUAUAGAAAAGCUCAUCGCGACACUCGGCGCCUACGCCAGCGAGAACAGGAACCUCAUCCUCACCAGGUUCCUCCUCCACUACCUCAAGACGGCGGUGCAGAAGGCGAGUAGCGGCAACGGCGGAGGCGUGGAGGAUGCCGCGACCUACGGCGGCCUCGCGGACACCGCCGUCUACGGCGUGGUGCUGAUGGGGAGGACAGCCUUUUCUUGCAGGGGCCUCUUCUGGGUUCUUCGUGUGGUCUCCGGCCUGGGCUUGAGCAAGGAUUGUCGGAACAAGCUGGAGAGGCUGAUAGGCUCCAUGCUCGACCAGGCCACUCUGGACGAUCUCCUGAUCUCCGGGCACGACGGCGGGGUUUAUGAUGUGAACCUGGUGUUGAGGCUGUUGAGAGUCUUCGUGAGCCUGGAUGAUGGCGGAGUGGCCCUUCAGAGGAUGAAGAAGGUGGGACGACUGAUGGACAAGUACCUGCGGGAGAUCUCCCCAGACCAGAGCCUGAGGGUUUCCAAGUUUCUCGGCAUAGCCGAGAGCUUGCCGGAUUCCGCCAGAGACUGCUUCGACGGUGUCUACAGAGCUCUGGACAUCUACCUCGAGGUGAGGCGGCUCCUCUUCUCUGACCACAUGCACUUCAUAGCUCGUUCAACAGAUAGAUAUAUCAAUCACCAUAAAUUAUCUCCAUUUGAUCGAUCGAUUUCGCAUACCCAGAUGAUUCAAUUCAUCGUGCACGCGAUUUCUUCGUUUCUCUGCCGUCGCCGCCUGCUUCCGAUGUGCUCGGUCGAAUUAAUGUUUUCCCUGUUUGUGGAGACGUCGAAUUCUCUGACUUUAAACACCGAAGCACUGCGACCCUGCUCUGUCUCCGACAGUUCGAAUCAACUCUCGGUUCCUGCGGCUGUAUUCAGAAGGGUUCUGGCAGCGGUUCGAACAAGGACUCUUUCACUACCCUCCGGCGAAUCGGUUCUUCCUUCGUCUCGCAGCUUAGCUUCUCCCCGACAUCGAUCUUCUCCCGCACUUAGUCUCUUUUGCCAGUCGUGCUUAUGAUUUUUCCUGUUUGACUCGAUGGGUGGGAAUCUCUGUAGUUCUGCCAUGCCCUGGCUUUGCCUGUACAGAGAGAGGCCUCUUUUUCAACGUAUUCAAUGCCCAGCAUCUGUUCGAUCGAUGGUAGUUGAUGGAUUCUCCCUCUCCCUCUCGCUCUCUCUCUCCUCUACUCUUUCCGUCUGAUUUGACCGCAUCGGGAUAACGCAGUCCGUGGGGGAUAAUUUCGCAGUCACACCCGGCGUUGUCGUUCGAGGAGAGGUCGAGGUUGUGCCGGUGCAUAAACUACGAGAAGCUCACUCUGGAGGCCUGCAAGGAACUAGCGAAGAACCCGAGGAUCCCCCCGAGGAGCGCCGUGCAGGCGCUGGCGUCGCAGAGGACGAGGAUCCAGAGCAAGGAGGGGGAGGACACGGCGGACGUUCUCGGUCUCAGCGCGGCGUCGAGCCCGGCGGCGUGUCACCGAGGGCCGGGGUCCGAGAGUGGGGAGCGCUCGCCGCCGGCGGCGAAGGACGAGCUGCGGCUGAACCUGCAGAUGAUGCAGUGGCGGGUGGCGGAGCUGGAGAAGGUUUGCCGGGAGAUGAAAGGCCAGAUGUCCAAGAUGGCCAAGAGCGGCAGCAAGGUCGUCUCCAGCCCCUCCCACCUCCAGGGCAGGGGCCUACCCAGGCUCUGCUGA